AUGGCUACUUCUCCCUUCCUUAUCUUCUCAAAAAAACCAAAUUUCUUUAGCUGUAAAUUAAUUGCAAAUCCGACCCGAAGACCGGUACCGUACUCCGAGCUGACUCUCCUUCAGGAAGAUUCUACACCUCGCCAUGCUUCCUUCACCUCCACCUUCUCGUCGAGCCCGUCCUCAUUCUUUCAGAGUAGAUCUACAUCACCUACACAUGUCAACGUAUACGGAUCAUCUCCAUCGGCAUCGAAUAUACGAUUUUCUCUCAACAAUCGUCAAAUUUCUCCGAGUUGUUCGAUCUUUGUAAUUACGAGGAGUAAUAAUAGUAAUCAAGCGUCAAAAAAGCAGUUGGAUAAACCAAGGAGGAUGUGUAUGUGUUCUCCUACUUUGCAUCCAGGCAAGCUGUUCGAUGAAAUGCCAGGAGACGAGUUUUGGUCUGAACUAAAAGCCAUCAGAUGGUAUCUUGUUUCUAUUGACCCACCUUUGACCGGACUUCCAUGGUAUGUGUCACACUUGCUAGGAAUGUUGGUGAGAUGCGAACAGAAACAAAGUUGCUUCCCCAAUGUUGGGAGCAAGCAAACUGCUUGUAGCUUAAUCAUGUGUGGAGCUUGUAGGAUUUGUGGAACUGAAGUCACCUUCUCUUGGGAUAUAAAGCCAGACAACUUCCUUAUUGGUUUAGGGAGGCGUGCUAAUCAGGUCUAUGCUAUUGAUUUCAGGCUAGCCAAGAAAUAUAGAGACUCUUCAACUCAUCAGCACAUUCCAUAUAGAGAGAACAAGAAUUUGAUAGGGACAACUAGAUAUGCAAACAUGAACCCAAGCCUGAUGAAACAUAAGAGAAAUAUGCAGGAUAAUAUAAGUGAACAGUUAACAAGUGGCAUCAUGCCUGAGCAGUUAAGUCUUUACUAUCGUGAUCCUCAAGGGGAGAUUCAGGGACCAUUUCUUGGGGUAGACACCAUAUCAUGGUUUAAUCAAGGAUUUUUCAGGGCAGAUUUGCCAGUUCGAGUGGAACCUUGA